UACCUUUGUAUCGCACCACACCAGUAUCGAGUUGGUACGCAUCCCUAACCCUGUAGUAAUUGAGAAAAUGGCGGUGGCACUGUCACCCGAUCAAGAAUUGGCAACAAAAGCGUUCUUGGACGUGUUGAGCGAGUCGGGAGCGACGUGCGUGUCGCGCGCGACCGCCAUCAAGUUCCUGUUCGCGCGCAAGUUCGACGUGACGCGCGCGCACGCGCUCUGGCGGCAGCACGAGGCUACCCGCCGGCGCGAAGGCCUCAACAAAUUUGAACCCUUCGAGGAUCCCCUCAAGACAGAAUUGGAAACAGGAAAAUUUACCAUAUUACCUACACGGGAUGCUACUGGGGCAGCAAUCGCAGUAUUUACAGCCAACAAACAUUUCCCUUCCCUUACCACUCAUCAGACAACAUUACAGGGAGUGGUGUACCAGUUAGACGUCGCGCUUCAGUCGCUGGACACGCAGCGCGCGGGGCUCGUUUUUAUCUACGACAUGACAGACUCCAAAUACACCAACUUUGACUACGAGCUGUCACAGAAAAUCCUUACACUGCUCAAGGGCGGUUAUCCGGCCAAAUUGAAGAAAGUAUUGAUAGUGACCGCGCCGCUGUGGUUCAAAGCGCCUUUCCGCAUCCUGCGGCUGUUCGUGCGCGAGAAGCUGCGCGAGCGCGUGCACACGGUGAGCGCGCCGCAGCUGGGCGUGCACGUGCCACGCGCUAGCCUGCCGCGCCAGCUGGGCGGACAACUCGACCCCGACCACGCCGCUUGGUUGGAACAUUGUAGAAAUUGCUACACAAACAACAUUCAAAGUUCAAAGUUAGACGGAAUUAUUGACGAAUAUGUAAUAAGCAACCAUAUACCCCCAGCAAAGCCACAAAAUGGUAUAAUUGACCACGAGGUCGGAUGUGACAUGACGAGUGACCGCGCGGCGCGCCUGUGCGACAACUCCGCGGACAUGCACAUCAGCGGCGACCCGCCUUACACCUGCGACACCAGCCCGCUCAGAAAUUCACAUGGCUAUAAUGGCGACAUGAAGAGCAGGCACAUAAAUUCCGGAGACGAAGAUGAAAUAGACAUAAGCACGCGUGGUACGUGGUCGUCUGGCGAGGCGUCGCCUGGUCUGUCAGACGAAGAGUGCGGCGGCGGCGGUGGCGAGACGCCGGCCGCGCUGCUGGCACGCGUACGCUCGCUGCGCCGGCGCGGGCUCGCCGCCGAGUACGAGGAGAUCCGCGCGCGCCCGCCGCACGGUACCUUCCACCACGCCAAAUUGCCCAGUAACCUCGCCAAGAAUCGGUAUACGGAUGUGCUGUGCUACGACCACUCGCGCGUGAUCCUCUCGCAGAUGGACCCCGACGACCCCACCACGGAUUACAUCAACGCCAACUAUGUAGACGGGUACAAGCAGAAGAAUGCCUUCAUAUGCACGCAAGGUCCAUUACCGAAGACGUUCGGCGAUUUCUGGCGGAUGGUAUGGGAGCAGGGCACGCUAGUGAUAGUGAUGACGACGCGCGCGGUGGAGCGCGGGCGCGUCAAGUGCGGGCAGUACUGGCCUCUGGCGGUGGGCGCGCGGGCCGUGCACGCCGGGUACGCGGUCACCAACGAGGCGGUGCAGCAGGAAGACGACUACACCGUCACGCGGCUGCUGCUCACCGAUUUGAGGACGGACGAGUCCCGGCACGUGUGGCACGGGCAGUACACGCGGUGGCCGGACUACGGUGUGCCGGGCGGCGGGCGCGCGCUGCCCGUGCUGCGCUUCCUGCAGCAGGUGCGGCGCGCGCAACACGCCGCGCUCGCCGACUUAGGAGAUGCGUGGGCGGGGCACAGUAGAGGACCUCCAAUAAUAGUUCAUUGUUCCGCGGGCAUCGGGCGUACAGGCACGUUUCUAACGCUGGACAUCUGCACGAUGCGGCUGGCGGCCGAAGGAUUGGUUGAGGUGCGUGGCACUGUGGAGCGGGUCCGAGCGCAACGAGCGCACUCCAUACAGAUGCCUGAGCAGUACGCUUUCUGCCACCUGGCUGUGCUCGAGUACGCGGUGAUGCAGGGGUACUUAGAGUCGGCUGAUUUGUCGGGCUUCGAUGACGACAACGAAGAGUCUGAAUGAAGAGUGUCGCGCCCGCCCUGCCAACUACUGUAACCGGUCAACAUUUUAUUAAAAUGUUCGCGAAACAUCCUUGAGCCAGAAAUCUUCUCAAAAUAUAUACAAAGAUUUUUAUUGACAUACAGCAAACACGAUUAACCAUGUGAAGUGCCGGUAUAAUACAAUUAAUCAUCUUGUUCCUUUUUGUUGAUAUUAUAAUCAAUCGUACUUGGCAGGUCUUGGACUUUACCAGUGAAAAUUAUCAGCAUGUUAUUUUUUUCCUUGUGGACAAUAAUAUUUAAUAGUGAUUCGUCGGAUAAGGCAGGGCGAACGCUAGUGUAAGUUUAGUGAAUAUUGUAUACACGGAAGGAACGUUCCCACAGCGCGAGUUUGCCGAUAGUAAUAUUAUAUUCGGCACGCGCGAUUCGAGUAUUUAUUUUGCAUUAUAAAUCAUUUUGUAACCAAAAAUAUUUCCGUAAUUAUUUAGAAUUCUAUUUAUUUAGUAAGAAAUAUGGCUGUGUGAAGUUUACGUCUGUAUAGUUAUGUUUGUUUCGUUAUGAAUCAUUGCACGCCACUUUCGGUUAUAAAUUAACGCGUUCGAUUUUGUAAUACAUGAAUUUUUAUACAUAAUGACGACGACGUCGCGAGUUUGAUACGUUUUUAUAUGUGGAGGUGCUGGUAGUGUAAAUCGUUCAUGUCUCGACCUUUCAUUCGAUUGUUUCAUUCAUUAACUUGCAUCGUAACAUUUUUAUAUUCGCUGCAAUUGCCGUCUCUCGGAUUAUGCACUGAAUCAUGUAUGAUACGAAUUACUAUAUAAAAUAAUUUAUAUAAAUGCAGGCUGUUUCACUCACGACGGCUGCGCGCCAACGAGUGAAAAGCUCUGUACCUACAUAGACUGAGUAAAGUUAAUAUGCUCCAGAAUUUUACUAGCGGCGUUCAAAUCAUAGAGGUAUAAGAACAGAGUAGGGGAGACAUAGACUCUACUAAAAGUAGAAGUGUCCCUCUAAUAGAAAGAAAAAGAAGAUGAGACACCGCUAGCUUUCUCUCUCUAAUCGCGCAUGCGCAUUCGCAACCGUAAGCAUCUUACUAUUUCGAUGUGAUGCCAUUGGAUGCCAUGCGUCACAAGAGAGAGAGAGAGAUAGCUAGCGGUCUUUCAUCUUCUUUCUCUUUCUACUAGACGGACAUUUUUAGAGCCGCCUACCCCACACUACUCUUAUACCUCUAUGGUUCAAAUAGAUAUUUAGUCGCCACCGCACAUCAAUUUAGUUAAGCGUGAUGAAAUAUUAUGAAUGAGAAAGAUGUUCAAUGUUAAAUCUAACGAAACUAAAGUAUAUAAAUAAAACGAACUAUUUACAUAAAUUAGAAGAAACAAGAAAUAUUAUGAGAGUGCAGAUGCAUUAUUUAUUUUUCAAGCUGUGUAUUAGCGACAUAUCUGUAGUGAAUCAAUGUUUGAAAUCACCGUCCUUUCGCGCAACUUACAUAUCGCCGUAGUCGUCUCGAAAAGUAUUAUAAUUUAACAUCAAUCUACUUAAUAAUUGUUCUCAGUCUUCAACCUAGUGAGCUGCUUUAAAACACAACUAACGAAUACAUCCAAAAUUAUGGAGCAUACUUCCCUAGGUUUUGACAGUUUUCUGUUGCGCUAAAUUUAUAUUUAGAUAAUGCCGAUGAAUUUUUGAAAGCUUUUUAUGGAAUGACAAUUUUCGCAACAGAAAACCACCUGUCUCAAUCUAGUUAAUUAUAGAUAUUAAAGUUUCCCAUAUUAUUUAAGAGUAAUAAAUUGUUGAUCUGAAACCACUGUUGAUGAUGUAUCUGUAAAUAUUAUUUUUCUGUUAUACCUAAAUUAAAAACCUUGUGUAAUAAAGAAAAAUCUUGU